CUAAAAAAUGAAAGAGGAAAUAAAAAAAUGUUACUAUAACUGAACAAUACGACACCUCUCAUCACACACAACGCUCUUUCUGUUGUUGUUUCAUCUGUUCGAGGCGGUUUUCUCUGCAGGCUCCUUCAUGAGCAGACUGCAACUUGCUGUAAAUCUCAGCGGAAGGGGCAAUUCCAUCAGCGUAUUAUCCAUCUGGGUUUGAUCUGAAUCCUUGAAAGACUUCAAUAUUUAGGUCUUCUUAUGCCGCCAAUCGAGAGCUGUUCUAAAGGGAGCUACAAAAAGACACUGUUUUUGUAAUAAAGAUUCAUAAUUUCUGCUUCUAUGGAGGCUUACAAGAGAUGGGUUCGAAGGAAUCGCGAUUAUGUCCGCCAAUUGAGUUCUCUAGCCAGUGGAAUGACAUGGCUUCUUCCAGAGCGGUUUGCUACAUCAGAAAUCGGGCCAGAAGCAGUCUCCUCGAUCCUUGGAAUGGUUACCACAGUAAAUGAGCAUAUUAUAGAGACAACUCCAACUUCGGGGGUGCAUACUAGUUCUGCAGAGACUUCGUUUCUCCCUUUAUCAUUAUGCCUUACUUUGUUGAGAGACUUGGAAACAUUAAUUGAAGUAGUAGCUGAGCAGCUCUGUGGCGAAGAUAAAAAAUGGAAUUUGAUUGCUCUUACAGAGGCUGCCAAGGUGUGCGUGAGACUGGCUGUGUUCAGAACUACAGGAUAUAAAAUGCUUUUGCAAGGUGGGGAGACUGAGAAUUUGGAACAUUCAGAUGAUUUGAGUCCCCCAGGAAACAUGGGGCACUUAAGGAAGCCUAUCCAAAAUCAAGGACUGGGUGUCAGUCUCCCUCAGGGUUUGAACUCGUGGAAUCUUGAGGGUAGGGCAAUGUCCGCCUUAAGUAGCUUUGGUCAGAAUGCUAGGAUGGUUUCUGAGCCGACUUGGUUGCGCAGGGUUCAACAGCAACAAGCAAUUUUGGAACCUCCAGCUAAUAUAAUCAGAAAUCCGAGUCUGUCAACCUUCUUAUCUGAGAAGGGUAUUCGUGGAGGGUUAUUUGUGACUGGGGAGACUAUGUUUGUCCUAAGACCACUUAUAUAUGUCUUGCUGGUAAGGAAGUAUGGAACACGAUCAUGGUUUCCUUGGUUCAUCUCCUUGGCUGUCGAUCUCAUAGGAAACAGCAUGCUAUCAGCCACAACAAUGUCCCAAGACAACAGGAAAGAUCAGCAUUUUCAAUUUUCUAAAUCAGAGAAGGAUGAGUUAAAAAGAAGGAAGCUGUUGUGGGUGCUUUACCUCAUGCGAGAUCCAUUUUUCUCCAAAUACACCCGGCGAAGACUUGAAAGCACUCAAAAGACCGUAGAACCUGUUCCUAUAGUUGGAUUUUUCGCAGAAAAACUUAUUGAACUCCUCAUUGGAGCCCAGACUAGAUACACUUACAUGUCUGGUUCUUGAAGGGAAGCUACUGAAUGUGUGUUAUGCAUUCUUUGUUAUUUGACAAUGGGGAACAAACUUCUCUUUGUUUUCUUCAGUUGUAGCAUUUUGAUAUCAUGAUCUUGAAAAGGUGUAGCAGUGCUGAAAUUUAGAACUAAUAAAGGUGUAUAAUUUUGUUCUUAUCCAAAAGUGCAUUUAGGUUCUAUGCUGCAUCAGUGGUGCGGGCUCUUUCACUUUUGAUGUCGUACUCCUUUGAAUUCUCCAAAUAUAUAUACUUUUGGUGAAUCUGGCACAUACAAUUUAA